CUGGGUAAGUAUUUUAAAUUCCAUAUACUAUCGAAAUAUUUGCUACGCUUACGGGGAUCAACUCGCUUGCCAUUCAAUAGUUCAGCAACUUGUUUGGCAACUUUUUUUCUUUCAAAUUCUACCCAGCCCUCUGUGAAAUGUUUAGCUGGUCUUUUUUUCACAUGCGCUAAAAAAUAAAUCUUAAAAUAAUAUACAUUUUUAAAACAUAAGUUCUUAACGUAUAUUACGAUUAGAUGCCGGCUGUAAAAACACUCUUCCUAUCUCUCCGUAUUCGCCUAAUAAUUCACGUAUUUUCGUUACGUUCAUAUAUUUAGGUAUUGAUGAAAUGUAUAUUAUUCCUUUUUUUCGUUUUCGUACUGUUCCGGCUUCAGAAUCAGAUAUUAUUGAAUCACAAACGCUCAUUUUUAAUUUUUGAUUAAAAAUAUACUACUUUUACACCUACAACUUGCGAAAUGUGAAAUUAAAUUUGAUCAUCUUCAUUGGAAUUUGGAAAUUGGAAUUUUGCACAUGUCGGUUUAAUUAUUAUUUUUUUACGUGAUGAUAACAAUUAACAAUUUGAAGUUGUUAUCACAAUUAUUUACUCUCUAUGUUUUACAAAUGUCUGGUCUAAUCACGGUCUUAGAAGAUAGGGGUGUAAUCAUGAAUGUUAUCAAAUACUUAUAAAUUUAGAUAAAAACUGAAAAGUAGACUGUUGUUGUAGACACUAGGCAUUUCUGCCUUCUGGUCAUAUAUUCGCGAUUGAUUUUGAUAUUUAAUUUAAUGUAUUACAAACAAGUAUAAAUUCAAAUUAUUGUUAUGGACCUUUUAAAAGCUGAAAUAGAAAAAAAAAGAAAACAAUUGGAAGAUGCAAAUUUACUUGUAUGUAAACAAUAAUUUGUUUAAAAUAUUUCUAUUGUACAUCAAUUCACUAAAAACAAUUACACUAAUGUUAAUUUUUGUAUCUAUUUUAAUUUUGUGUAUUCUUUCAGAAUCCGAAUAGAAAAUACUUUAAAAGGGCCGAUUUAUUAUCUAAGGAACGAGAAGAAUACCUAAAAAGAAGUACUGUAAAAAUUGAAGGUCUUGAAAAUCCCAUUGAAAAACAAUCUUCAGGUAAAGUAACAUAUUAUAAAUUACAAAUUCUAAAUAUGAGUAAUCAUAAAUAUUUAUUAUUUAUAAUAAAAAAGCCACUAAAAUAUAAAUAGGCACGUACGUACAUUAAAAAAUUUUUAAAUCUCCAAUUAACUAUUUACAAAUUAAGAUAUUUAAUUUAAUUAGGUUUCUACAUAUAAUAUACUAGCCCAUCGGUUCCUAAAGCAUACAUUUUUUGGAUUUUGUUCAAAAACAAAUUUUUUUUUGUUUAGUAAAAAUUCUGUAAAUUAUUCACACUGUACCUUGAAAUAUAUCUAAGCUCAAUCGACUUAACAAAAGCUGCCCAACCAACUUAAUUAAAAAAACUAACAAUUGUUGGUACAUAAGUUAUAUUUACCUUGGUUACCUUGGCUAUACAGUGUGACUCUUACUUCUCUGAUCAGAAUAGGUUUUUGAUUACCAUGAAUUACAAGAACACCCUGAGAAAACAUUAGUUCAAAAAUUCCAUUCACAAAUAAGGGAUUGUUUUCUUCAAAUUUUUGGUUUGAGAAUAUUACUUAUCUGACAGUCAUUUUAGUGGUGUUAAUUUUAUCCGUAUGAGCACUGUUGAGCCAGUGCAUAUACAAAUGCCAAAGUACUUAUACACAGUGUAUUUGCAUCCGCUCCCCUAGCAGAGCCACUUAGCCUAGGUAUAAUAUUAUAUUUGGUGUUAAUUUAUGCUGAUAGGUUGGUCAGGUGUUCUUUGAAUGUAAGAGUUCUGUCCAGUAUUACUCCUAGGUACUUCGGGGACCAGGUAUAUUUAACUACCUGGCCUCCAAAUUGUAUUUACAUUUCAUGGUUAGCUUCCCUAUUGUUCAAAUAGUAAAAAAAUACUUCCUUUUUGUUCGGGUUUGGUUUAAGCUUCCAGUGUUUGAAGUAUUUGUGUAAUAAAUCAAGGUCGGCAUUCAUGAUAAUUUGUAGCUCUACAAAAUUUCUGCUCUGGCAAGCAAGUGGGAUGUCAAUCGCGUAUACAAAUUUUCUUGCAAUGGUUCCUUAAAUGUUCUUUGUAUACAGAUUAAAUAGGAUUGGUGCUAAUACUGAUGCUUGGGGAAGGCUAUUGUUAAGUACCUUUGUUUUACUUUUUUCUUCUCCUAUUUAAAUGGUUAAAAAUCUAUUACUGAGCAUGUUGUUAAGGAGUAUAAAGAGUGUUAACACGGGAUGAGUCUAGGAAUUUUGAUAGUAGACCCCUUCUCCAGACCAUAUCAUAGGCAGAUAAUAAAUCAAUAAAAGCCAUGGCAGUUUUACCAUUUUCAUCAAAUCCUUUUUCUAUAUAAGUGGUGAGUGCCAAAACUUGACCACCUCCUGUUUGGACAAAAUCCAGUUUGUUCUUGUGGUAGGGUCUUGUCGAUAAUCUGAGAUGCAGUUAUAUAUAAGUCUUUCUAGUGAUUUAUAGUAUACACUUAGAAGUAAUAUUGACCUGCAGCUACUAAUGUCAUCUUCUGGUUUCCCUGACUUAAAUGUUUUAAAUAUCUCAACAAUUUACUAGAGUGGAGGAUAUUAGAGAAGAAAUUUAGUAACCAUUCUAAUAUUUUGGGGCCACUGUAUUUUAAAAACUCUGGGAAUAUUUCAUCAUGGCCGUCAGCUUUAUUGGGCUUAACACUUUUUAUUGCCGAUUCUUCUGAUGUGAAUUUUUCAUUUCAAAUAAAUUUUCUAGUUGUUGAUGAUUUCUUAUUCUUGAGUUCUAAGGUCACCGUUUUUGGAAGAAAUUUUAUCGAUCAAAGCCUAGUCAUUUUUAUUAUGUGGUUGGCAAAAUCAUUUGAUUUUAUUCUAGUCAUUCUCAUACCCUGCGAGGGAUUAUGGUCUAAUCUCUGUAGUAGUGUCCACGUUUCCUAACUGGAGUGUUUAAAAUCACUUGUUCCAUUGUUUCAUUCCGCCUCUUAAUUUAACCGUUGGCUAACGAAGCUAGAAGUUUAUCUGCAACCUCCGCUUGACUGUUGAUUUGAAAUUCUCUAUAUAGUUUAUUGCUUUCCCUAUCCUAGCAAGGAAUAUAUUCAUGCCUAAAGCCUUGGAGUAUACUUUGCUUGGCUACUCCUUUAACUAUUCCACAGAGGCGCUCAUAGUUAUUUACUGUUGGAUUUAUUAUUAACAACUAGUGAUUUAGUGAAAAUUUCUAGUCUGCCCAUCUGAUUUUUGCAAAAAUUAUGUAUGAAUACAUUCGGUGACCAGUAGAAAAUUAAUAUAAUCAGUUAAUCAUUUUGUUACUACUAUAUGUUUUAAUAGAUAUAACUUUUUAGUCUUACUGCGGAUCAAUAUUUUUUAGUUUAUAAAUUGAGUGAUGAAAGUGUUAAUAAUUAAACAAAUUUGCCCCUCGGCUUAAUUACACCAUUGAUAGGGUGUUAAUGUAAAUAUCUAUCCAUAAAGUCAAAUAAUAAACGCUUAAAUUAUAUUUGUUUUUGACUUAUAGUUCUUUAUUAUAAAAACAUUUUUAAAACAAAAUAUUUGUAAAUGUAAUAGUAAAAUGUAUACUUGUAUUUUAUCUGCAAAAUGUUUUUCUUUAUUCAAUAAUUAAACUGAAAUAUUUUAAUAUUAGGUAGUGAUGAUGAAAAUAAUAGUACUACAUCUAAGAAACAUACAUUAUCAAGAAAAGAAGUUAUUCGCAGAUUGAGAGACCGCGGUGAACCUAUUACAUUGUUUGGAGAAUCAGAACUUGAUUCUUUCAAACGAUUACGAAGAAGUGAACUUGCUGAACCGGAAUCAAACAAAGUAUUAUUUUAUUUUAUAUUUUUAUGAAAAUAUAUAUUAUAUUUUUUAAUUUUAGGGUUUCAGGAAUGAUUUCCAAGAAGCGUUAGAAAAAGUUGAUCAAGAUUAUUUAGACGAACUGAUGACCAACCAGGUGCCUGAAAAAACAUAUACUGAGCUUGAAAGUAUGGAAGAAGCAAUGGCAACAUAUGAAAAAAUACAAGCUAAAGCUGGAAUUUUAGGAAGAAGACGUGAUCGUACUCAAGAUAUGGAAACUAUUUUGCAGCUCUUGCAACUUCUAUUGAAAAUGUGGGAGGUUCAACUUAAUGCAAGAUCUAUUAAAGAAAAAGCUAGUACAAAGGGAAAAUUAGCUUUAGCAACAUAUAAUCAAACUCAACUUUAUUUAAAACCAUUAUUAAGAAAAUUGAAAAAUAACAGCUUACCAGAUGACAUUUUAGAUAGUCUUACUCUUAUUACCAAACACAUGAUGGAAAAAGAUUAUUUAAGAGCUAGUGAUGCCUACCUGGAAAUGGCUAUAGGUAAUGCACCAUGGCCUAUUGGAGUUACCAUGGUUGGUAUUCAUGCACGUACUGGACGAGAAAAGAUCUUUUCCAAAAAUGUAGCACAUGUGCUCAAUGAUGAAACACAGCGGAAAUAUAUUCAAGCCUUAAAACGUUUAAUGACCAAAUGUCAACAGUUUUUCCCAACUGAUCCAUCUAGAUGUGUUGAAUAUGCCCCAGAUACGUAAAAUAUUAAUAACAUAAACAAUUAUGUGAAAUACUAUUAAUUUACUUAUAUUAUACUUUUAUAUAAAGAUUUAUGAGUUAUGACUAAUGUACAGAGUAAAACUAAAAAUUUGAUUAUUAUAUUGUAAAUAAAAUAUGAUGAACAUAAUAAAAUUAAACUUUUUAUUCUUAUUUCUUUUCUCCCAUUUUCUCCCAUCUAUUAGUAGCUGCUUCAAUUGCAUCCAUCAUUGCAGAUCUACAUAAAGCAGAUAAUAAAUAAGUUUUAAAUGUUUUAGAAUUAUAAUAUGAUUUACUUAGAAAUUAUACCUCACGCCUCCUCUUUCCAAAGCAUGUAAAGCAGCGAUUGUUGAUCCUCCAGCAGAUGUAACCAUAUCCUUCAGUUGACCCGUAUGUUUACCAGUUUCUAAAACCAUAAGACUUCCACCAGCUAUAGCACUAGCUGCUAAGCGUACAGCUAAAUCACGUGGAAUGCCUUGUUUUACUGCACCAUCAGCUAACGCUUCAAUAAUGAGAAACGCCUAAGUAAUUGUACAUAUGUUUAAUCCAAAAAUAAUUAUUUAUAAAUAUUCAAUUAUUAGUAUAAUACUUACAUAAGCAGGGCCACUACCUGAAACUGCUCCAGCGGCGUUCAUUAAUGAUUCUGGAAUAACUUCAACACCACCCACAGCACCCAUUAAGUACUUUACAGUUGGUAAAUUUUCAAAGAUUUUUUUCGAAUCAGCAUUAUCCAUAUGAGCAAUUACUAAAAA